AGAGAAUCUUGAUUCUAUUAUAACAGCUCAUAGCUGUAAAAAAAUCUGGUAUUUAAUACAGGGAGGCUAGCCUAAUAGCUACUGAUCAAGCAAAAUCUUUGUCUAAUAACUUCCUCAUGACAGAUUUUACAAUUAAUAGCCAAUUAGACAAGUAAUUCUGGCAUUUAAAAUAAAAGAACAAAACAACAGAAAAGAAACUUGAACUAAACCAGCUAUAAAACUACUACUGGAUGUGGAUGGUUUGAAAGAUGAAUCAAAGCCAUUGUUUCCCCUUUCAUUCUGUUCAGUGAAACAAUCAAUCCUCCGAAAGAAAUAUGAUGCGGGAUUCAUGCCAUAUUGCUGUUUUAGUAUUUCCCUUCGGGUCACAUGCAACUCCUAUGCUCAAUCUCGUGAAAGGAAUCGCAGCCUCAGCGCCUGAAAAUGUCAAGUUUUCGUUCUUCAGCACCGCGGAAUCCAGCAAAUCUAUCUUUCCAGGUUCAGCUGCAAAAUGCGAUGGAGACUUUUCCAACAUCAAGGCUUAUGACGUUUGGGAUGGCGUCCCUGAACACCAUGUUUUCUCAGGAAAUGCAAUUUUUGCAAGAAUCGGGAUGUUCUUAGAUGCAACCCCUGGUAAUUUUGACAAGGCGAUGAAGGAAGCAGAGGAGGAUACAGGGCUCAAACUUAGCUGCUUAUUGACUGAUGCUUUUCUUUGGUUUUCCGCUGAUUUAGCUGAGAAACAUGGAGUUCCAUGGGUGCCCUUUUGGACUGCUGGAUCUUGCUCUUUAUCAGCCCAUCUUUACACCGACGAAAUCCGGAAAUUGGGCGCCACAACUGAGGAAACAGUUGGAAUGAUUCCGGGUUUUGAAGGUUUAAGCAUCGAUGACGUGCCCAGAGAAAUUCUGUUGGAUAAUGAACAAUCACCAUUGUCACUUCUGCUUCACAAUAUGGCUCUGAAUCUGCCCAGAGCAAAUGCAGUUGUGGUCAAUUCAUUUGAAGAGUUAGAUCCAGCCAUCACAUUAGACCUCAAACCUAAGCUCCAAAAUCUCCUCAAUGUCAGCCCUAUUCCUUUAAUAGCAGCAGCAGCCGCCUCAAGAACAGAACCGAAAUUUGCAGCUAAUCAUGAUGACGAAUGCAUUAAGUGGUUGAAAAAGCAGGAUGAAACAUCAGUUGUGUACAUUGGUUUUGGCAGCAGCGUAAUUACUCUGCCUCCUCAUGAAAUGGUAGCAUUAGCAGAGGCUUUAGAAACUUGUAAAAGUCCAUUUUUGUGGUCAUUAAGGGAUCGUGCUCGGAAGAGUUUGCCUGCUGGAUUCGUUAAUCGGACGAGCGGAUUCGGGAAAUUGGUUUCAUGGGCACCACAAAUGGAAGUUCUGGCAAGUGGGAAAGUUGGAGUAUUUGUGUCACAUGGUGGCUGGAAUUCGGUUCUAGAGAGCAUCUCAUUUGGUGUCCCGAUGAUUUGUAGGCCAUUUUUUGGGGAUCACGGAUUAAAUAGUGCAAUGGUGGAAAAUAAAUGGAGGGCUGGAUUGAAAGUAAAAGAUGGUGUUUUCACUAAAAAUGGAACACUCAAUGCCUUGGAACUCGUUUUAAAUGGUGAAAAGGGAAAGGAACUCAAAGAGAAUGUUCAAUUGAUCAAGGGACUGGCCAUUGAUGCUGUUAAACCCAACGGAAGUUCAAUGAGAAAUUUUCAGGAAUUGUUGAAGGUGAUAACAAUGUCUUAAGAAGCGGAAACAAUUGUCAGAGAGAAGAUGGAUUGUGAGGGCUUUUUUUAGUUUUUAGCAAUAAAUUCUGUCAAUUUAAAAAGCUCAUUUUUCUCUCCUGUCCUAUUUUUCAAGCACCUGGACAAGGAAGGAUAUCACAUGAGUUUAACUGCUCUACAUCAGGAUGUAAGCUGCUCCAAAC